GUGCUGAUGAGUCAGCGGCUGGCGCAAAAGAUUCCAAAGGGAGACGCUGUAAAGGAUUGGAUGCGUGUUCUCCGUCUGGACCGAAGCCGGGACCGUGGCGGCGAUGGAGCGGGGCGCGGAAGGUCGUACUGCCAGCUCGCUCUUCGCUGGGUUCCGGGCAUUAGGGCUUUUUAGUAACGAUAUUCCACACGUGGUGCGGUUCAGCGCGCUGAAACGCCGGUUUUAUGUGACCACCUGCGUGGGCAAGAGCUUCCAUACUUAUGAUGUUCAGAAACUUAGUCUAGCUGCAGUAAGUAACUCUGUUCCACAGGAUAUCUGCUGCAUGGCAGCUGACGGGAGGCUAGUCUUUGCUGCUUAUGGGAAUGUUUUCUCCGCAUUUGCCCGUAAUAAAGAGGUAGUACAUACGUUUAAGGGCCAUAAGGCAGAAAUCCAUCUUUUGCAGCCCUUUGGGGAUCAUGUUAUCUCUGUUGAUACUGACAGCGUUCUUAUUAUUUGGCACAUAUAUUCAGAAGAAGAAUACCUGCAACUGACUUUUGAUAAAUCUGUAUUUAAAAUUUCUGCAAUUUUGCAUCCGAGUACCUACUUGAAUAAAAUACUUCUUGGCAGCGAGCAAGGAAGCUUGCAGUUGUGGAAUGUAAAAUCCAAUAAACUUUUGUAUACAUUUCCAGGAUGGAAAGUUGGAGUGACAGCUCUUCAGCAGGCCCCAGCUGUGGAUGUUGUUGCAGUUGGUCUUGUGUCGGGUCAGGUUGUUAUUCACAACAUUAAGUUUGAUGAAACAUUAAUGAAGUUUCGUCAAGACUGGGGACCGAUUACUUCGAUUUCAUUUCGUACAGAUGGUCAUCCAAUAAUGGCAGCUGGAAGCCCUUGUGGUCAUAUUGGACUCUGGGAUCUAGAAGACAAAAAAUUAAUCAAUCAAAUGAGAAAUGCACAUUCUACAGCAAUUGCCGGACUGACAUUUCUUCAUAGAGAGCCACUUCUUGUCACAAAUGGGGCUGACAAUGCUCUCAGGAUAUGGAUAUUUGAUGGUCCUGCAGGUGAAGGACGGCUGUUAAGAUUCAGAAUGGGUCAUAGUGCUCCUCUUACCAAGAUCAGAUAUUAUGGACAAAAUGGACAACAAAUUCUUAGUGCAAGUCAAGAUGGAACUCUUCAGUCGUUUUCCACGAUACAUGAAAAAUUCAAUAAGAGUUUGGGCCAUGGAUUAAUAAAUAAAAAGAGAGUCAAACGUAAAGGACUUCAGAAUACCAUGUCAGUGAGACUUCCACCCAUAACAAAGUUUGCAGCAGAGGAAGCUCGUGAGAGUGACUGGGAUGGUAUCAUUGCUUGCCAUCAAGGUAAGCUAUCUUGCUCAACCUGGAACUAUCAAAGAUCUACAAUAGGUGCUUAUUUUCUCAAGCCCAAAGAGUUGAAGAAAGAUGACAUAACCGCAACAGCAGUGGAUCUAACUUCUUGUGGUAACUUUGCUGUAAUUGGCCUCUCAUCAGGAGCAGUAGAUGUAUACAACAUGCAGUCUGGUAUACAUCGAGGAAGUUUUGGCAAGGCUCAAGCUCAUGAAGGAUCUGUUAGAGGUGUUGCAGUGGAUGGAUUAAACCAGCUGACCAUUACAACUGGUAGUGAAGGAUUACUCAAAUUCUGGAACUUUAAAAAUAAAAUUUUAAUCCAUUCUUUGAGCCUUGAUUCAUCUCCAAAUAUGAUGCUGCUACAUAGGGACAGUGGUAUUCUAGGAGUUGCCCUGGAUGACUUCUCCAUCAGUGUUCUGGACAUAGAAACUAGAAAGAUUGUCAGAGAGUUUUCUGGACACCAAGGCCAAAUAAAUGACAUGGCUUUCAGUCCUGAUGGUCGUUGGUUAAUAAGUGCUUCAAUGGAUUGCUCUGUUAGGACUUGGGAUCUUCCAUCUGGGUGCCUUAUAGACUGCUUUUUGUUGGACUCAGCUCCUCUGAAUGUUACCAUGUCCCCUACUGGAGACUUUCUGGCUACUUCCCAUGUGGACCACCUUGGAAUUUAUCUAUGGUCCAAUAUUUCCCUGUAUUCAGUUGUUUCAUUGCGGCCGCUUCCUACAGAUUAUGUCCCUUCAAUAGUGAUGCUUCCUGGUAUUUGUCAAACCCAAGAUGUAGAAUUGUCAGAAGAAACCACAGAACCAAGUGAUGAAAUGAUAGCGUAUGAUUCACCAGAACAGUUGAAUGAGCAAUUGGUGACUCUCUCACUCCUUCCUGAAUCACGGUGGAAAAAUCUUCUUAAUCUUGAUGUUAUUAAGAAAAAGAAUAAACCAAAGGAACCACCCAAAAUACCCAAAUCAGCACCAUUUUUCAUUCCAACAGUUCCUGGCCUUGUACCCAGAUAUGUAGCACCUGAACAAAAUAAUGAUCCCCAGCAGUCUAAAGUGGUAAACCUUGGAAUUUUGGCUCAAAAAUCAGAUUUCUGCUUGAAACUUGAAGAAGGACUAGAAAAUAAUAAAUAUGAAUCUGCUCUCUGUCUUCUGAAAGAAUUAGGCCCAUCAGGAAUUGAAAUGGAGCUGCGAAGCUUGUCUCCUGAUUUUGGUGGAUCUGUAGAAGUCAUGCAGAGCUUCUUGAAAAUGAUCGGGAUGAUGUUAGACAGAAAGCGCGAUUUUGAGUUAGCCCAAGCAUACCUUGCAUUGUUUCUAAAAUUACAUCUUAAAAUGCUUCCUUCAGAGCCAAUACUACUAGAAGAAAUGACAAAGUUGUUAUCACAGGUGGAUGAAAACUGGAUCCAUUUACAAUCACUUUUCAAUCAAAGCAUGUGUGUUUUAAAUUAUAUUAAAAGUGCUUUGUUAUAAAAAUAAAUUUAAGUAAAUGCAUCAAAGACUUUACUUUUAAACAAGUUCAGUUUAAUAGUAAACAAACUCAAUUGUUUUGAGUCUUGUGAAGAGAAAAUAAAUAAUAGCACUAUUUAGGCAGUGAUUCUUCACCUUAAUAAGUGCUUCCUUGAAAUAGAAUUGCACCUGCCUUUUGUUUUGAAGACUUAGACUCUACCCAAAUGAUUUAUUAUCUGAGUAUCUUUACAUCAGCUACUUGUAUAUGACUUUUUUUUUUUAAUUGUCAUCACCAGCUCAUGUUUUUUGAAUAUCUGUUAAAUAUAAGAGAUACUGGGUGUUUACUGUUAAGUAUUGUUGAAUUAAAUUAAAGGUGUUAAAUAAAACUGAUACAUAAUAUACUUAAAAAAGUACUUUCAUGAUAUGAAGAAAAAGUAGUGUUCCUUCCCUUAGUGGCUUUUGAUGAAAACAUGACUCAUUGACUCUUAGAGAUGGAAGAUAUAUUAGACAUCUUCUAAUGUGUGCUCUGAGUUUCUGGUAGAUAUCCUCUUUUUUUUUUCAAAAGCAGUUUUAUUGAGAUGUAUUCACAUACCAUGCAAUCCACGCAAAGCGUGCCAUCAGUGGCUCCUAAUAUAACACAGAUCAUGCAUUCAUCACCACAGUCAAUUUUAGAACAUUUUCAUAAUUCCAAAAAGGAAAAUCCCAAACCCCUUAGAAGUCACCUCUCAAUCUCUCUAUCCUUCCCCAGCCCUACAUAGCCACUAAUCUGUUUCUGUCUCUGUAGAUUUAUUUAUAUUUACAUAAUAUAUAAAUGGAAUCACGCAAUAUGUAGUGCUUUAUGUCUGGUUUCUUUCACUUGGCAUAUAUUUUUUUUUUAUUUUUUUUUUUUAUGACGGAAGUUAUAAGUUUACAGAAAAGUCAUGUAAAAAAACAGCAUUCCAUAUUCCCCCUUGUUGUUAAGACACUUUGCAUUAGGUGGUACCUUUGUUACGAUUGAUGAAAGAAUAGUGAAAAGAGUACUGUUAACUGCGUCCAUAGUUUACAUUACGUGUAUUUUUUCCCUAUUUACCACCCUAUUAUUAACACCUUGUAAUACUGUUGUACGUUUGUUAUAAUUGAUGAAAGAAUAUUCUUAUACUAGUAACCCUAGUCCAUAGUCCACAACAAGGAGAUAACCCUGUUUUAUUUUAUUACUCAUUGGCUACUUCUAAAAAAUUUCUACUAGUCUAGAAUUUUAUCAAGUGAUUCUUGAGCAUAUAUUGAAAGGAUCAAGUUCUUUAAUUGGUUCAAUUUAUUGAAUUUUAUUAAAAGAUUUUUGAUAUUUAAUCAUACUUGCAUUCCUGGUAUGAAUGUGGUGCAUUUGUUGUUUCAUAGAAUCAUCUGUCUUUGACAGUUUAUAAAACUUCUCUAAUCAAUCGGAAAAAUCUUGCCUACACAGUAAUCAUGAUUUGCAAAGGGUGCAGAUGACCUAAGGGUACAUUGACUGAAGAAUGGAAUGGUGUACUGUGGUGUACACAUACAGUGGAACAUUGAGCAACUACAAGAAGGAGUGAAGCUGUGA